UGUGAGCUACAGACUUGUGAUUAAAGCACUGACAAUUGUUAGCCUAAAUUGUCCCAUUUAUCAGAUUAGCUACCCAUUCAGAAAAUCAUAAUUAUGUUCCCCCCCCCCCCCUCCGUUUAAUCAAUGGUUCGGGGACUCUUUCAACAGCCAUAACUUAGGUACCGUUGAUCCAAUGUUUCUGAAAGCUUAGAAAAAGACCUUUCAAAUGGUGUUAUCAAAGUUUAAUUUGAGAGAUAAAAGUUUUUGCCAAUUUGGCAAUACCAUGGUCAAGGCCGAAAAAUGACAAAUUAUGACCCGGCAUAAAUUAUGGAUUGAAAGCUAUCAUUUGAAAGGUUUCUUUCUAAGCUUUCAGAAAAUCCAUUGAAUUUUUUACAUUGGAUCAGCGAUACGAAAGUUAUGGCUGUUGAAAGAUGUUUAACUACAACUCUCCCAUUCAAUUGAGGGGCUUCAUGCAAUGCAAUCCCUUACCCAUGCCCGCGCCCAGCUCUUACUAACUACUACCCACUCUUGUACCGCCAAGGUCCCUCUAAACCCUUGAGAGUACCCAAUGAAUGCCAUCUCUGUAUUACAUACAGGUGCGUAUGUAGCUGGUUGUCUCAGCAACGUUUCAAUAAUGCAAAACAAACUUAUAAUGCAAAACAAACACAUUGCCGGUUUAUGUUUAGAUUGCUUAAAUAUGACAUAAAAGUAAACUGAGUGCUAUUGCUCUAGAGCUUAUUUGAUUCUCACUAUACGUGCAUGUACUGACUGUAUAUGUAGAUAAAGAUCUAAAGAUAAAAUAAGCUAUUGUGACAAGAAACCUUUAGGAUUGAGACUAUAUUCAUCAUGAAGAGUGUUGUGCAAUUAAUGUCAGUGUUGGUCCCAUUUGUGCUAGUUUUGUUUUCUGGAAGUGAUGCUACAGGGAGUGGAAGUGGAAUGACUAUCAAUGAAGACUCAUUUUCAAUAACACUAAUAGCUGGUUCUACAACAGUUGGAGCUUCUGCUAGCUCUCUCACGGGCAUCAGUGCUGCUGCAGUUAGCUCAACCCCUCCUGUCGUAUCGUCUACGUUUUCUAUUAUGGUAUCCCGUAUAGACAGUAGUUCAACAGUACCGUCAGUUACAAUAGCUUUGAGCUCUACUGAUAGUUUCUCUGUCUCUAGCUAUAGCACUUCUACUACAAGUAAUGCUAUGCUUAUGCCACUUACUACUUUGUUUGUCUACACCACCACUGCAUCAUCACCAUCACCAUCACCAUCACCACCUGCGUUGUCUCUCACAACCUCUCGUUCACCACAAGCAACCACUUCUGUAAUUUCCACCCCAGUCAUUUCAUCGUCUUCCAGUGUAUCAUCAUUGUUGUCAAUUGCUCAAGUAUCCACUGCUACACCCUCUUUCUUAAACAAUUCAACUGUUGUAUUAUUGCUCUCACCCUCCAUCUCCCCCUCCCCCUCCACCUCCACCUCUGUACCCCCACCCUCCCCCUCCCCCUCCACCUCCACCUCCACCUCCACCUCUGUACCCCCACCCUCCACCUCUGUACCCCCACCCUCCAUCUCCCCCUCUCCCUUCACCUCUGUACCCCCACCCUCCAUCUCCCCCUCCCCCUCCACCUCUGCACCCCCACCCCUACCUGUGGCUAUCAUUGCCGGAGCAGCGGGUGGUGGAUUCUGUAUAGUUGUGUGUAUUAUUUUUGUAAUCUGCUUGGUUUGCUGCAUACGAAAGAGAGGAAGAUAUGAGCUAAAAACGGCUGGAAAAGAUGGUACUACUUUGGCACGAGAAUACCAAUUGGAGACAUACGGCGACUUCAAGGAUGGAGCAACGCGGACCAAAUUUGAAGAAGUUACAACCACAGACACAUUCGGCAUAAAAUCACCCGUUGAGGUUAAUGUUGGAGGUCAGAAGUUUACUUUUCCUGAUUUGCCAAAUGAUGCAGAUGAAAAUUUCCCUGCUCUCAUUUUUCUCAAUCCUGUGAAACCUGAUGAAAUCGCCACAUCCAACACGUAUGCUUCUCGUUCAAGCACCUUGCCAACGCGAAAAAAGAACAAAAUACUCACAACUGAAGCAACGAGCACUACAACAGAUGCUGAAUUGUUUGGUGGCCAAAUGAAGUUAUCGAAAUCAACUUCAGAGAUAAACAAAGACGCUGAUCCAAUCACUCAGCCUAAAUUACCAGCUCAUAUCGAAGUGCUGUUUUCCCCAGAGCGGAAUACAUCACCAGUGGAUUCUCCAGUGUACGAUACACCUCGUACGUUUAAGCCAUUAAAGUCGUCCCACAACAAGGACAAGAAAAGUGCUGACUCAUCGCCAAAUGCAGAGUAUGUGACUAUGGAACCACUUCCAAAAAAGGAGAAUUCUUCAAUUGUUAGCUCAGCUCUGCAACAGCCACCUGUGGCAACUAAGGCAAGUGUGGGUGUUGAUCGACUAGCUCCCAAACAGAUGACAGAAAGUAUCUAUGAUAACCCCCGAUUGAUGAAAUCCAAGCCUCUAGUGGCAGAGAAAGCAUUACCGGUUAAUAGCACUGCCGCUCCUUCUAUUUACGAUGUACCUAGGAAACUAUUACUAGUGGCAGAAUCUCAUCCAAGCACAAAAGAGACUAAUACACAACCACCCAUGUCAGCAGUUGUUGUAACGCAAUCGAAAAUUGCUGAAGCAGGAGAUAGUGUUUAUGACAUACCCAAGACGUCGUCCAAAACGAGCGUCGAAAAGGGGGUUACCAAAUUACUUGAAAAUUUGCAACCAAAUCAAAAUAAUUUGGAGAUCAAGAGUGAAAAUGCUACUGUUAAACCACCACCACUUCUUCCUAAACCAACAGACGGAACUAAGGUUGCAGAAGUUGCCAAACCAUCGAUUUCUCCAAAGCCAAAACCAUCAAUCGUAGGAGCAAACAGUGAAACAGACGGUACUAAACCACUGAUACUACCGAAGUUGGACUCAGUUAAAACUUCCAUUGAUGCAACAGAUACCUCCAAAGAGGAAAUUCAAGCAGACCGCAGCAAUAAGCCGUUAAUUCCUUCAAAGCCGAACUCUGCGAAGGCAAGCACAACAGAGAAGCUAACGGUUUCUGAGAAGCCUGCCCUGAAGCCUCGAGUAUCUCCAAAGCCGGGGCCCAAACCCAACGAACAGGAAAAGAGUGUUACUCCUCCCUUUGAGCCUACCAAUGAUAAAGGUAAGGAAGGAGAAUUUUCCUCGGACAACGGUACGCCUGAACCAAUGGCUAAUAGUGAGCAAGAGUCAGUUGAGGGUUUCCCCAUUCCAAAACCUCGCGCAAAGCCAAGGAAAGCUACUAAACGACAAAUCGGCAUGCCUCAGAAUUUGAUGCAGGAACUUUUUGCCAGGCAGAGCUCUCAGUCAAAAUUAGCGGACAAAAGUCCACCCCCCUCAAAACCCCCUGUGAAACCUAAACCGAAUGUAAAAUAGAUUGUCAACUUUGAAUCAUUAGUAGUCAUGGUACGCACAUACAUUACAGUUUAUCUUGAAAGUUAUUUCUGUUUGCUAAACAUAUAAAGUGUAUUUAUUGCUUUUGUAGCCCUACUUUGUGCAUAUUUGCAGUGUAUGCUUUUGUUAUCAUACCCAUUACAGUG